AUGGCAGACCCUGACCGACAGCGGUUCUUGCAAUUGGAACUCCAGGCCUAUCGGCAUCAAUUCCCGAACAGAAAGAACCUCCGUAAGUGUGAAGAAUUCGGCGACAGCGACGGAGCAAAAUGACUAACAUAGAGUUUCUAGCCGGGGGCACUAGUAAGGGAAAAUUAUGGGAUAGCCUGGACCCAGCAGUCUAUGCCGAUUUGGCCUAUGCACUGCAGGAAUAUGCUGAGCGACUUGAAGCGCUCACAACAGAAAUGGUCCAGCAAAGGACGGGACGGGUUCCACGAAACCUAGGCCGCGUCGUGGCUGUCAGGAAAUGGAUAACAGGCAACGAGGAAGAAGUACUUGAGCGAUACGAAGAGCUCAUUGGAGCCAUAGGGGUGCUCAUCCAAAGCCGUGGAGCGGCGCCGCAAGGAAAGAUGACCGUGACCUAUCUACGCGCUGAAGAGGCUCGACAGACCAGAGAGCGGGACGCGUUGCGGGGGAUAUUGGAUUCCUUACGCACUCGUCUGCACGCAUUUGGGAAUGCCAGAAGAAUGAAAGUUGGAAAGCUGUCGGAAGCGGCGGGAUGGACAUAUGUGAGGGAGUUGGGCGAGGGUGGAUUCGGUGUCGCACACUUCUACGUCCAACAGGCUCAAGAUGGGACCAUUAUUGAUGUAAGCAGAUCGCUCCUCAUUCCGUGCAGCUGAGGUGCGUAUCGCUGACAGGCCGAUGUUGAAGCGUGUGGUAGCCAAAGAUGCUGCUACGGACGGCCAUCGCUCGACGUGGGGCAUUGACAGACUAGGACGCCAUAUUCCGCAUGAGUAAGUCACAACUGUUUCGAGCGAAUUCGAUGUCAAGACCAGAUUGGCUGAGACGUGUGAAUACCAUAGGAUCAGAGCAUUGUUCGCCUUGCGGCCUUUGGUGGGCAGCGACCGCGUGGUCAAGAUUCGACGUUGGAAUAUGCACAGCGGCGGCAACUUCUAUCGAGUGUUCAUGGAGUUCUGUGGAAUGGGCGACCUCUUUAGCCUCAUGGCUAACUACGGGGAGCAGACUGGGAGCGUCACAAGACCGCGACAAUAUAUCCCGGAGCCUUUUCUGUGGAAGCUGCUGGAGGACGUGGUCACGGCCGGUAUUCUCAUGGAGAGAGGUGACUUGCGACCUACGCAGAGGCCUUGGGAUGUCAUCGUCCACCGUGAUUGGAGGACGAUCAACAGUGGGUUCCCUCAUGACUUGGGCUUCAUUGUUCUUGGUGCGACUAACAUCAUCCAUAGUGUUCCUGGGCACAAACACCAGUCAGAGCUUCAGGGGCUACCCCACCGCGAAGACGGGCGAUUUUGGCUGGAGCGCCAUCAUUCCUCACAAUAAGCCUUACAAAGGCUUUGACUACUAUAGCUCGUUCAGAUGGGAACACUGGGCACCAGUAAGCACGGCGCUGUAUGAUACUCCUUCCUAACGCCACACUGACGAUUGAUCAGGAGCAGAACUGGGACAUGCAAAGAGAACUGGGCACCAAGACAAACGGUGAGUGAUGCAUAGCACGUUUCAAAUGGCUCAAGCUAACAACAAUUCAGUGUGGGCAUGUGGACAUGUGCUUCAGGGCGCCGUGACUCUUCAAGACCCAGACCAGGGCUACCUAAUGAGCGGCUACCAGAGGGCAUCACCGUGGGCCGACGACGUCGAGCGCCACUAUAGCAAAGACCUUCUAGAUCUCAUCAUGUCUUGUCUGGCACGAGAUCCUCGGAACCGCCCGACAUUUGACGUGUUGCUUCGAAAGAUACGACGACGAACAGGCGACGGGAGCAUUGAUCUUGCACGGGGACUGAGAUUCGCGGAUAAGGACAACAGAGGCUUUCAGAGGCAUGCCCUGCUCGGUCUUGCAGAAGGCUAUCCUAUGGGUGACAUGCUGGCCGAUGCGAUGAAGGGAUCGGCACCUAAAAGGCCUGACCCGCAGGAGUCCCAGGGGAGCGAUUAUGUCUCGGAAACUCCCAGAUAUUCUGGAGACGGGGAUGAAGACGACGGUAAUGACGAUGAUGAGGACGAGGAUGGUGGCGGCGACGAUUCCGACGAGGAUGGAGGUGGACCUGCUGCUUCAGGAUCAUCAGCAGGACCAGGCGCGGAGACAUCAGCUCAGGGCCCGAGACGUGGAGGAAGAGGGAAACGGCCGCUUUCUGCUCAUGGCCCGCAACGGCCUAAAAUCAUGCUGAAGCUCAAGCGACCGCGCCCCGAAGGCGAUGCAGCUGGAGAUGCUCCAAAGUCUCCGGCGAAGAAACGAAAGCUGAAGAUCAAGGGGCCAAGAAAGCCUGCAGGUCAAUCACAGGCCGUACAGCCAUCAGCGCGUCGGUCGGGAUCGCGCAGACUGACUCCUUCAGCGGGUGAGGGGGUAGAAGAGUGA